AUGCUUGAUGAUUCAAAACAUUUUAAGCUUGGAGAAGAACAAUACACAAUAUUAAAAAGUUUUAACGAUGAUGUUACAAACUUUAAAGUGCAUAAAGUCUAUGAAGUGAAUGAACCGAAUGUUCUUUAUGUGAUAAAAGAGUACAAAACAACAGAUGCAUUUGAAAGAGAGUUAAUGAUGUUCGGUGAAUUAAGAAACGCAGAGAACAUUAUGCAAAUGAUAAACUCAUGCCCAUCACAAGCUAUUAUAAAAUGCGAAUGUCCUUUAUAUGACUUGGAAUCAUAUUGGGUCAAUCGAGAACAUUACCAGAGACACGAAGAUAUAAUAAAGGAUGUAUUAACUGGUCUCUUGGAACUCCAGAAACGCAACAUAGUACACAAUGGAUUAACACCAAAAACCAUAAUGUACUUUCAAGAAAAAGAUAUUGGAAGUUGGAAGUUAACUGAUUUUGAUACAGCAUGUUUUACCGACAGUUUAUAUGAUGUGCAAUUUACAACAAAUUAUUCUGCUCCUGAGGUUAUGAGAGCAUACGAAAAAGAAAUUAAAAUUAAAGCGAAUUUUUCAAUGGAUAUGUUUUCUUUGGGACUAAUUUUGUACUUUAUUGAAACGGGGCAUCAUUAUUGGGAUGGAGAUAAUGAGGAAAAAAAAGAAGAGAUAAUUUCAGAAAAACCAUUGACACUAAUCAAUAUUCAAGCAUCUGUUGCUUGCGAUGUUCUUAACGAAUUGCUUGAUAAAUAUAGUUCACGUCGAAUGACGCUAAAAGAAUUUAUGCAUACACCAUAUUACAUUAAUAUGUCAGAACAAACGGAUAAUACAUAUAGGGAACAUCAGAUUGAUGAUGAGACCAAUUCUCAAGAAUCAGUUCAAGCUUUCCUUGAAAGAUAUCAUAACGAAAUGAAACAAAGUCUUAAAAUAUUGAAUGAUAAAAUUGAUAAUCGUACAAAGACCGUUGAAGAUAUAUAUGAAUUCACAAAGAAAAUCCCACAUCGUUUGGUACAAUUGAAAAAUGAGAAUGUCCCUAGAGUAUUUGUUAUGGUUCCUGAUCAUAAGGAUUGGAAAAGACCAACGUCGUGGUUGGUUUCAAAGCCAUUUCGUCUUUUAUUUGUUUGCGAACACAAGGAGCAAUGGCACGUUCCAGAUCAGGAAGGUUAUAAAAUUCUUGAAACUCCUCAAUUUAUUAAAAAAUAUGGACCUUGGAUAAAUUUAUGUUUACAAACAUUGAGUUUCUUUCCAAAAGGCGUUGCUAGCAAUCUAUCAUCAAUUUUUAACACAAGUAAUACUGACAUUACACAAUAUUUUCAAGAAAUCAUCGAUACUAUUGAUAUUGGUGUAAGAACUGUUACCGAUGAAAAUCCUGAUUUUAUUCCUUUGAACGAUGAUAAGAGUAAUCCUUAUCUAACAAUAAAUGCUAUAGGCCUUCGAGAGCUCAAAAGGUUUCUUGAUACAAAAAGUAGCGCAGAUAAUUAUGGUGGAUUGACGCAAUGUUUUGAUGAUCAAACUCAAGAGAUUUUAUGGUUAUGUGAAGCACAUAGAAAUGAAUAUUACGCUAAAACUGUUGAACUAGAACCUUCUUAUGCAAUCCCUUCUCCUCCUUCAUCUUCUAUGUUUCCAAACAUGCAUUCAAACUCUUCCAAUUCAUUUCGCUUUUCACCAAAUCCUUCAUCAAUCUCAUCAACUUCUCUUAGGUCAUCAAACUCAGGAUCAUUUAGUAAUAUUCCAAUUCCAAAUCCUGGGUCAUCGAAUUCUUUUUCAUCUUUAAAUAAUUUUUCAAUUCCAAAUUCUGAGUCAAAUUUUCGAUCAAAAAUAAAUAUAACAAAUCUAGAUCCAUUUACUGAAUUGGAAAAUUUACAUAAAAUACUUUGCGAAUUAAUAGAGAAUACAAUGAUGUCCGGAAGUAAGCACUUUAGAAACGAUAAUACUGCGCAAAAGUUAUCUGUGUAUAUGAGCAAGUUUAAAGAUUUAUGUUCAUGUUGGUUUGAUAAUGACCAGAAACUUCAAUUUAUAAACAUCGUAAAAAAACAAGUACAUUUAUAUAUUUACUGUCUGAGGUCAAUUGUACGUUAUUGUAUUGCUAAAAGUUCUAAUUCAGUUAGAGAACGAAUGUCAUUAUUUAUUGAUGGCAUAUUCGACAAUAACAUCAUCAUAAAAGCUGGGAAAUCAUUCAACGAACAUUUGGAUAAAUUAAUAGUUGCUCUUGAAGGGUCGCAAUAUGAUAGGCAGAGAUAUUUUCAGAUUACAGCUGAAUUAGAUAAUUUUAAAAACGAUCCAAAACUUUGCGUAAAUAUUGAUAAUGAUUCAAAUAUAAUCAGUGUGAAAGAUUUAUCACAAUGGUACCAUACUGUUGAUCGAAUAUGCAUUGAAAACUUAGAAUCCCUAAUAGAUAUAGCAUACAGCGAUAAAUUGUUUAAUUCAACAAAACAAAUUUUAGAUGGUUUAAAACUUAUUACAGUAAAGUCUUUCAAAUUUAUCGAUCACGUCGACAAUUUUUUGUGUGUCGAGAAAGAAAUUUAUCUUUACAACGAACAUAAAUUGAAUGAUAGCGAUUAUAUCAUUAAAUUUUGUGGAUAUUCGAUUCAGAAUUGUAAACCCAUUCUAUUUCAUGAAUACGCGAACUUCGGUAACCUUUUCGCAUAUUUCCAACGGGAUUGUUAUUCAUCAGAAUAUCUUUUAAGAGAUUGGAAGAUAAGGAUUAGACUAGCUUGGGAAAUUUCGCAGGGCGUAAAAUACUUGCAUGAGAAAAAGAUCUUACAUUUGGAUCUUCGAAGUGAAAAUAUUUUACUACAAUACGAAGAAAUGACAAAAAGUCUAGUACCGAAAAUAUCUAAUUUUCUUUGGAGUAAAUAUUCACUUUACAGUAAGAUUUCAGUGAAUCCAAAAAUAACAAUUCCUUCUAAUGAACAAGUAUGGAAACGCUGUAGAGAUAAUAAUUUACCAUUUAAAGAUGUUCCAAUUAAUGAGCUUUAUAUUCAUAUUUAUUUAAAUCACCAUAAAGAAAUAUUGCCUUCAAUUCCAUUAGAGUAUAAAAGCUGGAAACUUUUAAUUGAUAAAAUGUGGCAAUUAAAGUCAGAAGAUCGUUGCAAUAUUAUUGCUGUAGAAAUAACCAUGAAAAAUUUACUUGAAGAUAAAAUAACUUCCGAGAGCGAUUUCAGUAAAAAUCUUAACGUGGAAGAUAUAACUGAAUCUAUCGAUGAAACAGAGGAAAAAGCAAGAAAAUGGAUUGAAGAUACUAUUAAGCAAAAGGUUAUUAAAUCGGUAGAAUGGUCCGAAUUAAGUUCUCAUAAGCAGAUUGGUGUAGGAAAUUUUGGAUCAGUAUUUAAAGCAUAUUGGUCAAAUUUAAAUAAUUUUGUAGCUUAUAAAAAAUUAUUGAUUUCACCUGACAUACAAUUUAAAACAUGGGAAGCAUUUAAACAUGAAUUACAAAUACAAAAUAAAAUGCGUGGUUGUGAAAAUAUAAUUCAGGUUUUAGGAAUAAGUGAAUGUAAGUUAUAUAUUUGA